CUAACUCUUUGCGCUCUCGUGUUCUCUAGGGUAACAACGCUGGAGAGUGGUAGGAGGGCGGCCAUCUCUGUAGGAUCUACUCUGAGAACAACCAACACAGGGGAUAGUUGAUUUCUGCUGAAAGCCUAAAAUGACUUCUUUUUUGAAGCCUGAGAAUGCUCUGAAAAGAGCGGAAGAAUUGAUUAAUGUUGGACAGAAGCAGGAUGCUUUGCAAACUCUACAUAGCCUUAUCACUUCAAAAAGAUAUAGAGCAUGGCAGAAGACACUUGAAAGGAUAAUGUUUAAAUAUGUAGAACUGUGCGUAGACAUGCGGAAAGGGCGAUUUGCGAAGGAUGGGCUCAUUCAGUAUCGUAUUAUAUGUCAGCAAGUUAAUGUCAGUUCACUGGAGGAGGUGAUCAAGCAUUUCAUGCAUCUGUCAACGGAGAAGGCUGAACAAGCUCGCAGCCAGGCACAGGCAUUGGAAGAGGCUCUCGAUGUUGAUGAUUUAGAGGCAGAUAAAAGGCCUGAGGACUUGAUGCUUAGUUAUGUGAGUGGAGAGAAAGGAAAAGAGAGAUCUGACAGGGAGCUUGUUACUCCAUGGUUUAAAUUUCUCUGGGAAACGUAUAGGACAGUGCUUGAAAUAUUACGCAACAAUUCAAAACUGGAAGCUCUAUAUGCUAUGACAGCACAUCGGGCUUUUCAAUUUUGUAAGCAAUAUAAGCGAACAACAGAGUUCCGCAGACUUUGUGAAAUUAUAAGAAACCAUCUUGCCAAUCUUAAUAAAUAUCGAGACCAACGUGACCGACCUGAUCUUUCAGCACCUGAAAGCCUGCAACUAUAUCUAGAUACCAGAUUUGAGCAGCUGAAAGUUGCAACUGAGCUUGAACUCUGGCAGGAAGCUUUUAGAUCUAUUGAAGAUAUACAUGGACUUAUGUGCAUUGUCAAGAAAACACCCAAGGCAUCAUUGAUGGUUCUCUACUAUGCUAAGCUGACAGAAAUAUUUUGGAUAUCGUCAAGCCAUCUAUAUCAUGCAUAUGCGUGGUUCAGGCUCUUUUUACUGCAGAAGAACUUUAAUAAGAAUCUGAGCCAGAAAGAUCUUCAAUUGAUAGCUUCGUCUGUUGUUCUGGCUGCACUUUCAGUGCCUCCCCAUGAUCACACUCAAGGUGCAUCUCAUUUGGAAUUGGAGCAUGAAAAAGAGAGGAAUUUGAGGAUGGCUAAUCUCAUUGGUUUUAACCUUGAAAGUAAACCUGAGAGCAGAGAAGUGCUUUCAAGGUCAGCCCUUCUUGCUGAACUGGUGUCCAAGGGUGUAAUGUCUUGUGUGACUCAGGAAGUGAAGGACAUUUAUCAUCUCUUGGAACAUGAAUUUCUUCCCCUGGAUCUUCCAUCGAAAGUUCAGCCUCUGCUAACUAAAAUAUCUAAGUUGGGGGGUAAGCUCUCCACUGCUUCUUCUGUCCCUGAGGUGCAGCUGUGUCAGUAUGUCCCAGCAUUGGAGAAACUAGCUACCUUGAGGUUGCUACAGCAGGUGUCCAACGUUUACCAGACAAUGAAGAUUGAGACCUUAUCUGGAAUGAUCCCCUUUUUUGAUUUUUCUGUUGUGGAGAAGAUUUCUGUGGAUGCUGCUAAGCAUAAGUUUGUAUCCAUGAAAGUUGAUCACAUGAGGAAGGUUGUAGUUUUCUGCAAGACGAAUCUAGAGUCUGAUGGCUUAAGGGAUCACUUGGCUAAGUUUGCUGAACAUCUGAACAAGGCGAGACAAAUGAUUUAUCCUCCUGAUAGAAAACCAUCAAAAAUUGGAGCUUUGCUUCCCUCCUUGAAUGAAGUUGUUGCCAAGGAACACAAGAGGCUUCUUGCACGGAAAUCAAUUAUUGAGAAGCGAAAAGAAGAACAAGAACGGCAGCUUCUUGAAAUGGAAAGAGAGGAGGAAUCAAAGAGAUUGAGACUGCAGAAAAUAACUGAAGAAGCAGAACAAAGAAGACUUGCCAAUGAGUAUGAGCAGAGGAAGAAUCAGAGAAUUCUCAGAGAAAUAGAAGAGAGAGAAAUGGAAGAAGCUCAAGCAUUGCUUCAGGAAGCUGAGAAGCGUAUUAAAAAGAAGGGAAAGAAGCCAAUCAUUGAGGGUGAAAAACUGACCAAGCAAACACUGAUGGAGUUGACGUUGACUGAACAACUCCGGGAAAGACAAGAAAUGGAAAAGAAACUACAAAAAUUAGCUAAAACAAUGGACUAUUUGAAAGAGCAAAAGAAAAGAGAGGAGGCUGCUCCCUUGAUUGAAGCUGCAUAUCAAAAGCGCCUAGUGGAAGAAAAGCUUCUCCAUGAGCGUGAGCAACAGCUUGAGGUUGAAGUUAGCAAACAGCGCCAUGAGGGAGAUCUCAAGGAGAAGGAAAGGCUGGCUCGUAUGGUUGGCAAUAAAGAGAUUUAUCAAGAGAGAGUCGUCAGUUCUCGUCAGGCAGAAUUUAAUAGGUUGAGUCGGGAAAGAGAGGAGCGAAUCUCAAGGAUUUUACAGGCCAGGAGACAGGAGAGGGAAAAGAUGAGGAAGUUGAAGUAUUAUCUGAGGUUAGAAGAAGAGAGACAGGAAAAAUUGCGUGAAGAGGAGGAAGCUCGGAAGCGUGAAGAGGCUGAGAGGCGGAAGAAGAAGAGGCUGAGCACUUGGCGAAAUUGGCUGAGAUACUAGAAAAGCAGAGGCAAA